GAGCUGCUCCGCAUGAUGCUCGAUCAACUCCGAGCGGCCCAGAGUUUUCAGUCCUUUUGAUCGAAGCCGACGAUAUCCCAUGCCACCUCGGAUUGCUGAGAGAGAUCUUUCGACAUCCGUUCGCUUUCCCUACGCUCAGGGCUUCUCCCCGAAGGGGAGUCGAGUGUGAAGAUGAAACCAACAAACUUGCUUAACUCCUCUCUCGGAACGACUGCGUAUUGUGAUAAAGUCUGUGUCGACAACCACGGACCCGAAAACCUGAUCUCUGAAGACGUGGUGACUCGACAGAAUGGAGUGCUUCUGGAACAUUUUAUACGUCCCCCGGUCGACAUCGAUUUUAUAUUUCCGUGUGUGUGUGAUAUAGCCUACAUAAAACUGAAGCUUGCCAAAGCCUCACGCGCAGUUCAACGUCUCCAAGUCUGGACUCAGUUUCCCGGGGACUCGAAUUGGUCGAAGGUUACCACUGAGUUCGAUCUGGAGCCUCAGCUCGUGCUCCGAUGCGGGAAUGUCCUACCGCGGCACCUUACCCUUACCGACCAUCAGCUGGGGAGCCAGAGGAGCGUUCGAUCGAUACGAGGAGUUUCCAAGUUACGGAUAACGAUUCUCGGCAUGAAGGACUGCGUGGCCGUCAGUUUGAUGGGCUGCGAAGCCAUCGGGCUUCCGUCCUCUCGAGUUCCGAGAGAUCAUCCUAUAUUCACCAAGCUCAGAUCGCCUCCGAGUAGUAAUUCGGCUCCGACCAGGAGAACUCCCCUUUCCAGUUCGAAGCCUCAAAUCGAAGAAUCCGCUAAACGAAGGCGGAUCGAAGAUACCGCCGCGGUACCCGAGGAAUUCUUGGACCCCAUAACCUUCUCCGUGAUGACGAUCCCGGUGGCAUUGCCGAGCGGGAACGCCGUCGAUCAGUCCACGCUGGAUAAACACGUCGCCAACGAAAACCGAUGGGGAAGGCCUGCCAGCGAUCCAUUCACCGGAGUCGCGUUAACGUCGAAGCCGAUCGUCAUAACAGAACUCAAAAGCAGAAUCGAUCAUUUUCUUUCGGCCACCGGGAGCACCUCAGGCGUUCGGCUGGCUGACGGUCGUAACGUCACCAGAUCGGACAUUUCUCGCUUGGUCGUGGAACGAAUCGCCGGCCACGCCGGAGAGCCCCGAAACUCUCGAACCUCGACAAACAUGGAGAACGCAUUCGCCGAGGCCUUGAGCUCGGCUCGAAGAAUAUUGAGGGGCGAUUUCGAUAAUGCAGAUAGCAGGAAAUGUCCCGUGUGCAAGGACAGUGGAGUAAACUACAAACGAGGCUGUGGCCACUACCUCUGUCGAUCGUGCGUUUCGAAACACGCGGAAUCUCAAUGCACGAUUUGUGGAGCUCAAUCAACUCGGAGUAGCAUUAUCAAAAUCCACGGGAAGUGA